AUGCCUCCGAGGAGAAACAACAACAUGCCUCUCGAUGAAGUGUAUGAACGUGAGUUGGAGCAGCGACUUAUGGCGAGAGUGGAUCAGCGGUUGGAUCAGGUGGUCGAUCAGUUGACUGACCGGAUGGCCGACUUGAUCAAUCGUAGGAGGCAGAGACCCAAUGACGGGUAUGGUUCUGAUUUUAGUAACCCUUUUGGUGAUGGUUCGACUUCCGAAGACGAACAGGAAGGGCGGCCAAGGGGUGAACAUGGAGGGGGUAACAGGCGUUGGGAUUCUGGGAUAAGGAUUGAUAUUCCAGAAUUUGAUGGGGCUAGUUUGAAUCCGGAGGGGUUCAUCGAUUGGUUGGCUACCGUGGAGGAGGUGUUCGAGUACAAGGAGGUGCCUGAAAACAAGCGAGUGGCCUUGAUCGCUACCAGGUUACGUGGUAGGGCCUCUGCGUGGUGGCAACAAUUGAAGUUAACACGAAACAGGCUCGGAAAGUCAAGGAUUGUGACAUGGGCCAAGAUGAAGAAGUGCUUGCGGUCCAACUUUUUGCCUCAUAAUUUUCAAAGGUUGAUGUACCAACGUCUGCAGAAUUUAAAACGGUGGGCCAAAUCUGUUGAUGAUUAUACAACGAAGUUUUAUCAAUUGAUUUCGAGGAAUGAUAUUCAAGAACCGGAGGAGCAACUUGUUUCUCGGUAUAUUGGGGGUCUGAGGGUUCAAAUUAUGGAGUCCGUGAACCUUUUUGAUCCGUUAACCAUUCCAGAGGCACACCAACGGGCGUUGGCCUUUGAGAAGCAAAACCGUCGGGUGGGCGGUUCAUUUACCCCUGUUGGAGGAAACGUUGGGACAGGCAGUGGGGCACCUCGUGGCGGGCCUAGCCAUCGUCAAGCUGAGUGCAAAAAGGCUGGUAAAAGACACUUGUUUGUUGAGUCUGAGGAUGAUCAGUAUGAAGAGUAUGAGAAUAACCCAGUGUACGAUGAAGAAACUGAAUAUGAAAAGGAUGUUCUGACCGGUGAUGUUGGGGUGAAUUUGGUGGUCAGACGCUCUUGCUAUACACCAAAGGCAGAUGGGGAUGACUGGUUGAAACACAACAUCUUCCACUCAACAUGUACCAUUUUGGGGAAGGUUUGCACGUUUAUCAUUGAUUCGGGGAGUUGUGACAAUCUGAUUUCUGAAGAGGCAGUUCAAAAGUUGGCCUUGAAGACAGAGAGUCACCCGAAACCGUACAAGCUUCAAUGGCUUAAAAAAGGAGGUGAAGUGACGGUAUCUAAAAGGGCACUUGUUUCUAUUUCUAUUGGUUCAACGUACAAAGAUGAUGUUGUGUGUGAUGUGGUCCCUAUGGACGCGUGUCACUUAUUGCUGGGUAGACCUUGGGAAUAUGAACGUAAUAUAGAGCAUAACGGGCGGUCCAAUACUUAUAGCUUUCUGUUUGGUGGUGUGAAGAUCACUCUUGUCCCUAGCAAGCCUAAACAGUUAGCCACAAAACAGUCGGGUAAUUUGUUGACCAACAGUCAGUUUCAAGAUGAAUUGGAGGACACAGACAGUGUUUUUGUUUUGAUAGGGAAGGCAGUGCCCGAGGAAGUCGAAAUUCCUGAUGCUAUGGUUCCUUUGCUUGAGGAAUUUUCUGAUGUGUUUCCUGUUGAGUUGCCUGAUGGAUUACCACCUUUGCGUGACAUCCAACAUCAUAUUGAUUUGGAGCCUGGGUCACAGUUACCCAAUAGACCACAUUACAGGAUGAGCCCUGCUGAGCAUGAAGAGUUGCGAAGACAGGUUGAGGAGUUGAUUUCUAAGGGUCACGUUCGUGAAAGUAUGAGCCCUUGUGCUGUUCCGGCUUUAUUGACUCCAAAAAAAGAUGGCACUUGGCGUAUGUGUGUUGAUAGUCGAGCAAUCAACAAGAUUACUGUGAGGUACAGGUUUCCUAUUCCUCGACUUGAUGAUUUGCUUGAUCAACUUAGUGGUGCUACUAUUUUUACGAAGUUAGAUUUGAAGAGUGGUUAUUACCAGAUUCGUCUUAGACCGGGUGACGAGUGGAAGACUGCCUUCAAGACUCGUGAAGGGUUGUAUGAGUGGUUGGUGAUGCCAUUUGGAUUAUCAAACGUACCUAGUACUUUUAUGCGUGUGAUGAAUCAGUUGCUUAGACCUUUUAUUGGGAAGUUCGUGGUUGUGUAUUUUGAUGACAUUCUCAUUUAUAGUGCUUCUUUUAGCGACCAUGUUGUGCAUGUGAGGCAGGUUGAUGAAUCCAAAGUGGCGGCUGUUCAAAGUUGGCCAACUCCUACUACCAUUACUGACGUUUGUAGUUUCCAUGGGCUUGCUUCUUUUUACAGACGGUUUAUUCCACACAUCAGUUCUAUUAUGGCCCUACUGACAGAUUGUAUGAAGGGGAAGACGUUUGUAUGGACAGAUGAGGCAGAGUUGGCUUUUCAAGUUGUGAAAGAGAAGCUCACUACAGCACCAAUUCUGGUAUUGCCUAAUUUUUCUCAAGUUUUUGAACUUCAUACUGAUGCCUCAAAGGUUGGAAUUGGUGGGGUUCUUAGUCAGGGUGGUCAACCUGUUGCUUAUUUUAGUGAGAAGUUAAUUGGGCCUAAGUUGAGGUACAGUACUUAUGACCUUGAGUUUUAUGCAGUGGUCCAAGCUGUAAAGCAUUGGCGUCAUUACUUGUUUCAAAAGGAGUUUGUUUUAUUCACUGAUCAUGAUUCCCUAAGGCAUAUUCGUACUCAAGACAAGGUAUCUCACAAGCAUGGGCGAUGGUUGGCCUUUCUGGAGAAGUUUACUUUUGUGGUCAUACACAAGACUGGUGUUUCAAAUAGGGUUGCUGAUGCCUUAAGCAGGAGGAGUAGUCUGCUUGUAUCUAUGAGGGUUGAUGUGCCGGGUUUGGAGGUCAUUCGUGAGCAGUUAGCCAUCGACCCUUAUUUCUCAGUUAUUUUGCAGGAUGUGGAAACUGGGCAAAAGUCAGACUUUCUUUUGCAUGAGGGUUUUCUGUUCAAGGGGAAUCAGCUAUGUAUUCCCGAUUCUAGUCUUCGCUUAAAGAUUAUUAAGGAGUUACAUGGUGAGGGGCAUGUUGAUCAUGAUCGUACUUUACAAUUGGUUCAAGCUUCUUAUUAUUGGCCAACUAUGAGAAAAGAGGUGGAUCGUUAUGUGAAGAGGUGUCGUAUUUGUCAGGUUUCCAAGGGCACGGCUCCCAAUGCGGGUCUCUAUAUGCCUUUGCCAAUCCCCUCACAGCCAUGGGUUGAUAUUAGUAUGGAUUUCGUGUUAGGGUUACCUCGUACUCAGAGAGGUAAUGAUUCCAUCUUUGUUGUGGUGGAUCGGUUUUCUAAGAUGGUAGUUUAUUCAUCUCAGCCUCGAGGACCACUUGAUUUGAUGUCUCUUCUUGUUUCUGGAUCUAUUCCAAAGAAAGUUCAAGAUUUCGCGGAGGGUUUACAUGAAGUUCAUAAUGCUGUGUAUGAUCAUUUGACCGGAGCUAAUCUGAAGUAUAAGCAAGCUGCUGAUCAGAAGCGUAGGCAUGUUGAGUUCGAGGAAGGUGAUUUUUUUUGGGCUGUUUUGACUAAGGAUCGUUUUACAGUUGGGGAGUAUAACAAGUUAUCAGCAAAGAAGAUUGGCCCAAUUGAAAUCGUGGAGAAGAUCAACCCGAAUGCAUAUCAUCUGAAACUGCCCAGUCACAUUCGUUGUUCUGAUGUGUUUAACGUGUAG